CCAGCUCCAUUGGACAAAGAGAGCCUUCAUCCAGUAACUGAUGGAAGCAGAGACCCACAGCCAAGCACCAGGUCGAGCUCUGGGAGUCCAGUCGAAGAGAGGGAAGAGGGAUUCUAUGAACAAGGCAGGUCAAGAUCAUGAUGGGGAAAUCUACAGAGACAACUGAACCGAGCUCACAGGAACUCAGAAACUUCAGACCGACAGCUGUGGAGCCUGCAUGGGACCGGACUAGGUCCUCUGCAUACAGGAGACAGUUGUGUAGCUUGGUCUGUUUGAGGGGCCCCUGGCAGUGGGAUCAGGAUCUACCCCUGGUGCAUGAGCUGGCUUUCUGGAACCCAUUACUUAUGGUGAGAUGCCUUCCUCAGCUUUGAUGCAGAGGGGAAGGGCUUGGUCCUGCCUCAACUGAAUAUGCCAGGCUUUGCUGACUCCCCAUGGGAGGCCUUACCCUUUUGGAGGAGAGGAUGGGGAGGUGAGGAGGGGGGAGGCAGGGGAGGAGUAGGAAGAGGAUGAGAAGGGAAUCUGUGGUUGGUAUGUAAAAAUGAACAAAAAAAUUUCUUAAAUAAAAUAAAAAACAAGAGAAUCAACAGCAGAAGAAAUAAAGAUGUUUGCUAUUUCAUUCUUUGUGUUUGGGGAUAAGCAUUUUAGAAACUAAAAGGAAAAGUUCUCCAGAUAGACAGUUUUGUUGUCUUUAUAAAGCUGAGUGAAUUCUAAGCCACCCGACUUGACAUUAUUAAGUAUUCUCUUAAAAGAACUCUUCAAGGUGUAGCAUAUUUGGAAACUCUGGCUACACAUGUUGCUCCUCAUAUAUAUGACACCACAGGAUGAAAUAAUUGGCACAGAUCGCAGGGAGGAACCUCUACUAACCACGCACGAAUUCGGGGCACACCCAGAAUUCACAACCCCCACCUCAGUGGCGGCCUCCCCUCCCCAACUCCACUCAGCGUUUUGUCUCAGUGAGGCAAUAAGACUUGCCGGAGGCCACACUCAUUUCCUCCAUCCCUCAGCUAUUGUGGGAGCUAAUACAUUAUAUAGGAGGAGUUUAUGGGCACCUUUAAAACUCUGAGUCCCCGGGUUUGCCUGAUCAUAUCUUCUCUGCAUCCUGCCCAGCGAAGAAGCCAGUCACCAGAAUGAUCCCUGGAGGCUUGACGGAGGCCAGACCUGCCACUCCAGAAAUCCAAGAGAUUACUGACCAGGUCAAAGCACAACUUGAGGAGAAAACCAAUGCGAAAUAUGAAAAAUUUGAAGCCGUCGAGUACAAAACUCAAGUCGUUGCUGGAAUCAAUUAUUUCAUUAAGGUGGAUGUAGGUGAUGGUCGUUACAUGCACUUGAAAGUCUUUCAAGGUCUUACUCGACAAAAUGAGCAUUUGGAACUUAGUGGCUACCAGACUAACAAAACCAAGGAUGACGAACUGACCUACUUCUAAGCAGCAAACACUAAAGUGACCUGAUUCCUCUCACUGUAAAGAGAUGCGGCCAUCAAUAAAGAAGCGUUCCUCAAAUAACUGUUUUCUUCCAUUAUUAUUCAUACAUUGUAUUGACCUUUGCCUUCUUGACAGUGUUUUAAAAUAUGAAAUGCUUCAUGGAUUUGCAUGUCAUCCUUGGGCAAGAACUGUGCUAACCUCGGUCUCAUUCCAAUUUCAGUGUAUGUGCCGCCAAAGAGAGCACUGUGUUAUGGGUUUAGAGUGGAAAUUCCAUAUAAAUGAUGCCAAUUGGAGACCUAAUAAAAACCAAUAAGGCUCAGGUGCAGUUGGAUAAAGGUUUAGUGUGGCCUCGUCCUCACUGCAGGGGGCUUAGAUCAGUGGCGGUCAGCGAGGCACCCUCCUUGUUCUCUGGGGUUACCUAGAACCCAGCAUGUCAUCUCUGCUUCCGUACUUGAAAACAUAAAGUGGUACUUUACAAGACAUGUUUUGAAAUCUGCAACUGGAACUCGAUUUGUAGACCAGGCUGGCCUCGAACUCAGAGAUCCGCCUGCCUCUGCCUCUCUAAUGCUGGGAUUAAAGGUGUGCGCCGCCCACUGCCCACUACCCAGCCUGAUAUUUUAAUCUCCACAGCUAUAACAUUAAAGUUAUAGAUAUCUUUGGGUCAUAUGACCAUUUUAACAACAUUAGUGCUUCCAACACAUGGACAAAAUAUUCUAUUUUUUCUGUGUAUCUCCUUACAUUUUUUUGAUUUGUAUUUUAGGAUUUCUGGCAGCCUUACCUCCCUGAUAAAUUUACUCCUAAAGGCUUGGUGCCGGUGGGAAGUUGUUACAAUCAGAUUUUUCUUUUAACUUAUCUUCCAGACAAGCUAUUGUUAGUGUUGGGAAAUACAACUGGUGGGUGUUUUGUUGUUGCUUUUUAUCCAGAGUCUCACUAUGCAGCGGAUGGAUGGAUUCACUGUGUAGACCAGACUAGUUUGAUAUAAGUUGGGUGAGGCCAUCAGGGCUGGGGUGUUUCCUUUAGGGCAGGCUUUUUAAUUCCUGAUUUAAUCUCCAGGAUCUUCUUUAUUCUCCUGUGCAGAUUUUCUAUUUCUUCAUCAUUCAGUGCUGGUGGGGGGCACAUGUUCUUUUUUGUUUUUUGUACUCUUUGGGGGGGGCACCACCCAGCUCCCAAAUAAAUCACACACAGAGCCUUAUUCUUACUUAUGAAUGCCAGGCCUUAGCUUGGCUUAGUUUCUAGCUAGCUUUUCUUAAUUUAAAAUUAUCCCAUCUACCUUUGCCUCUGGGCUUUUCCCAUUCUCUUACUUCUGUAAAUCUUACUCCUACUCUGUGGCUGG